AUGGCCCCAGUUAGCUACAUUACUCGUGCACAGUCAUUCUCGGCUGCCCACCGUCUACAUUCUCCUCAUCUUACAGACGAAGCAAAUUUAGCACUAUAUGGAAAAUGCAACCACCCAAACUACCAUGGCCAUAACUACAAAGUGGAGAUCACCUUGAAAGGAGAGAUCAAUCCCAGCAAUGGCAUGGUCAUGAAUCUAGUUGAUUUGAAAGAAUGCAUCAAGCACGCCGUAUUAGAUCCACUAGAUCAUAAGAAUCUGGAUCUUGACGUGGACUUCUUCCGUAAGAACCCAAGUACUACCGAGAAUCUUGCUGUCUAUAUUUGGAGAAAUUUUCAAUAUCAUUUUGCACGUCAUUCAGCGUGGCGAACUAGUUCUGCAAGCCUCUACAGAGUCAGGAUCCAAGAAACAGAUCUCAAUUCGGUUGAAUACUUUGGAGAAGGUGAAGAAAAUAACCAAGAGUCCCUUCCAGAUGUCGAGUUUGACAAUAGGAGACACGCAUAGUCAAAAACAUGAAAAAGGGGUUGAAAAUCUAUCCACUUCUUUUUAUAUAUAUCUUGUUUUUGUUGUGAAAUUCAUAUUAUUGGAAUUAUCUGCAUACUAUGAUACGUACAUGUGUAUUAUUGAAUUUUAUGUACUAUGUUUCUGCUAUUCCUUAAUUCUAGCAGAGAGUAUUUUUUUACUAGGAUCUACUUGAAGAGUUGGUACAACCAAAAUAUCAUGAACCCAUAAUUAACUCUCUUUUUUUUUUUGGAGAAGAAGAAAAAAAAACUAACGCCUAAAUAAAAGCCAAGAUAUAGACAAAU